UGCAAUUUCAAACAUGGGUGGUUUGCUUUGAACUUUUCUUACUUAAAUAUGAUACCUCACAAUGGACAUCCUAACUAGGUCUUUCCUGUCGGAAACGAAAAGAAAAAAAAAAGACGCAGGACGGCGGUUGAUAUACAGUUAUUAGGUCACCUGCUUUACUUCUUAUUCUAUUAGGAAGAUCAUUGAGAUGAGUGUCGACAUAGAGUCGACGGCUGACGCAGCCCUGGGGAACAACUUGAAUAGCGACGACAAUCCAUCACCACCCCACAACAGCCCGGUCGACAUCGAAGAACUUGGAAGAUGCAGACCUGAUAUCUUCGCGAACGGCUGGGUAGAGAUUGGAUUUUGUGUCUCUGUCCUUGGCUCGGUAAUGAUGGCGGAGUUCCUCGUGAGCGGGUUUAGCGUCCUACUCCCAGUUCUCAUCAAAGAUACUGGGAUCGACCCUAAUCAGAGGACCUGGCCUGUCACUGUCUUCUCUCUUGUCACCGGCUCGUUAUUGUUACCAUUCGGUCGGCUCACCGACAUGUUUGGCGGUUUCCCGGUUUACCUUAGCGGACUCAUAUGGCUGAUGUUGUGGACGAUAGUGGGUGGUUUUAACCGUUCCUUGCCUGCCGUACUGGCGACCCGGGCUCUCCAAGGCGUAGGAGCGGCGGCAUUCUUGCCUGCUGGCACGACCUUACUCGGAACCACUUACCGUCCCGGCCCGCGAAAGAAUACGGUAUUCAGUUUAUACGGGGGUUGUGCGCCACUUGGGUUCUUCUCCGGCAUUAUCAUUGCCGGCCUUACCGGCGAACUCGUCUACUGGGGCUGGUUCUUCUGGAUCGCAUCUAUUCUGCUGGCCGUUCUAUGCACCCUCACAUUCUUUUGCGUCCCUCGUGAGUGGAAGCGGUGCAGCUGGUCUUCGAUGGAUUGGUGGGGAUGCUUAACCAGCGUGUGUAGUUUCAGUUUGCUCACAUAUGCCAUUACGGAAGCUUCUCACGUUGACAAGCAUUGGGCGUCGCCUAGAAUAUUCGUCACUUAUAUACUAGGCUCCAUCGCCCUCGCUGCUUUUGUUUAUAUCGAAGGAUGGGUUGCAAUGUCUCCCUUGCUACCUUUCAACUUAUUCACGAUCAAGUAUAUCGGUCCACUCUUCCUCGCCCUCUUCUUCGCGUGCGGCUCUUUUAGCAUAUAUCUUUUUUAUGCGAGCUUCUACAUCCAGACUAUCCUCGCUAUCAAACCACUGCUCGCCGCAGUCUGGUUCGCCCCUAUGGCUGCCGGCGGAAUCAUUAUCGCCCUUGUUGGUGGGGUUACACUCCACCGAUUGCCGGGAACUAUCCUGCUUCUCCUAUCCGGAACCGGCCUUGUUUUGUGCUCUCUCCUCUUCGCUCUCCUGCCGGAGAAUCCCAAUUACUGGGCAUGGGUAUUCCCGGCGAUGGUGUGCAGCACAAUAGGUAUCGACAUCGGGUUUAAUGUCAGCAGUAUCUUCAUAACUACGAACGUCCCCAAGAAUCAACAAGGCCUAGCUGGGGCGUGUAUCAAUGGGUUAAGCUAUCUAGGCAUUAGCUUCUUCCUCGGUUGGGCCGACUUUGCGGUCGCUAGUGAGUCGACCAAUGGGUUAAGUAGGAGUUAUAAGGUCGCUUUCUGGUUCGCCGCCGGGUGCGGAGCCGUGGUUAUCCUGCUCGUCCUAGGAUUCAUCAGGAUUGGUAAAGCAAAGAGCGACUUCACGGUAGAAGAGAAGGCUCGGCAACAAGAUCCUAACCCCGAAAAUGAAGGGUUAAUGCUAGAGGCGGCGGAAAACCUGCGAGAAUAAUGCUUUGGUUACCUACUUAAUAUCAAAUACUUACCCAGGUAAGUAUCUCCAUCGUUUAUAUGAUCUAAGGUACAUGCAGUAGUAAAUCAUACAGUUAUUAGCAGCCUAGGAUAGGAGUAAACAAAUAGUUAAGCGUAU